AUGGCGGAUCCUUGGACAAAAUGUUGUCAAUUGGGGGGACAAGUUCGUCGUUCGUCCUUAAUUCGAUUCUUCGGUGGACAAGAAUGAAUCUGCUGGUGGAGAGAUUAUUCAUUUUUUCUCUUUAUUUUUGUCGAUGAGUGAAUGAUGUACACGCAUUCUGAUUGGUUCGAAAUGACGAGAUACACAUCACGUGGGUGCCACGUGAAAAAAAGACGUGCGUCAUCCGUUCGGAGGUCGCUGCGCUCUGAUUGGUCCAAAACUUUGAUUGUUCUCCUCUUGGCAGAACAACGAAAUACUUUUGAAUCAUAAUAUCACAAACCGAGGAUACAGUAGCUGUACAAGUCUAGACGCAAGCUCGAACGUUACAUCGGACAACAACAGGCGAAAUUGUCCGUAUUUAGAUCGAGUUGUCGUCGCAGAAUAGACAAAUUGCGUCGAACAGCCGUAAAAGAAGUGUAUUUAAUUGCCGAGGUGUACAUUUGCCGAAACUUCGCCGGCAAGAGCUGCAGUUUGAACGUUUUAUAUACGUGUCCAGAGACAACAAGGUGAGUCCUUGAAUUAAAAACAUUGCACUUUAUAAACUUGUUAAGGAAUGCUUGACUAGAGUUUACGAGUUUAUUACAAGUAAAUGUACGUGUUUGCAGAGCGUGGCCACAAUAUAGCGCUCGGCCAACGCUGUUUUGUUUUGCAAAUACUUGUUAAAUCGCUAAAUAUUAUCGGCUCGCGCGUGACGCAGUUUAAACUGAUUGUUAAUUUUUUUUCAGAUUAUGGAGGAGCGAGAAAAAACAGAGCAAAACAAUCGGGAUCAGAGCCACGACCAAGAAAGAACCCAACCGGCGUCGAGCGAUACUAAUUUGAGCGAUGUCGUAGGACAAAUGCCAUCCAGAGUCGCCAACGUCGCGUGCGCCGCUAUUCAAAGGCGACCAACACAAACGGAUCAAACGUUUAUGACCCCGCAAGAAAUCGGACUUAUUCUGCGACAAAUAGGAGACGAAAUGGACAAAUUGGCAAGCGGAGGAACGGGAAAUCGGACAGAGAAGCGAGGCUAA